AAGUCAGAAGCUGUGAAGAUGCUUUUCACUUCAUGGUCUUAGGAAAGGCCACACAGAUUGUUUAAUUCUACUUUCAUGUUCUCUCUUAAUGGUAUUCUUUUAAAAAUUGUAAGCUGCUUUCGGUACCAACUUUGGGGAUAAAAUGGGAUAUAAAUAAAUCUAAGAAUAAGAAACAGUCUGUACAGAAAAAAAAAUUCUGCACAAAAUAACUAUUCCACAUGUGAAUUUUGCAUAGAAUCCUGAAGAUGUUAAACAGUUUAUGAUUGAGGCUCCAUCCUAGAGAAUCCUGGGAUUUGUAGUUUUGUGAAGCACCUGUGCUCUUUAGCAGAGGAGGCUAUAAAAGACCCAGUGAAACUACAAGUCCUAGGAGUACAUCAGACGGAGCUACAGCAUUUAAAAGGGUGUCAAUCCACAUUAUUUCCAGAGUGCAGGUGCACCCAAAUGCCAAGACUCCUCAGGAUGGAGCUGCAACGCUUAAAGUGGUAUCAGACUGCAUUAUUUCUACAGUGUGGAUGCAUCCUACUUCUAUGAUGAUGAUAGACAAGAAGGAGUGUGCAAAAACACGACGUUGGUUUUGCCACAGCUGUUGUGUCCGUGAACCACAUCUUCAGAAGAGCUAAAGAGGCAGGAGGUCGGCACCAUGUACCAACUAAGCGGAGGCGUUGUGUAUCCGCUUAUCCACUCCUCGUCACUGGUCUACACCAUGCAGCCUCAGCAACUUGUGACUGAAUGUUACCCUUUGCUCUCCACACCUAUGGGCCAAGCCUCAGCUUUCUGCAACAUCCCUGUAGCAGAUCACUUGGCAGAAAUUUUGUUGGCUCUGUGGUACGGACUCCCCCCGAAACGGAGGCGCAGCCGAACAGCCUUCACCGAACAACAGCUGGAAGCCUUGGAGAGGACCUUUGAGCAGACCCAUUAUCCAGAUGUGGGAACCAGGGAACGCCUGGCUGUGUUUGUCAAUCUCCCGGAGGCCCGGAUUCAGGUGUGGUUCAAAAACCGCCGUGCCAAAUUCCGCAAGGGCCAAGCACCGGAGAAACCGCGCCGGGCAAAAGUCCCAAGUGCAUUCAAGGCAGGAAGAACUGAUGGAGGAGAAGAAGGGAAUGCAAUGGAAGGACAUUUGCAGAAGGCCGGGAUCUGGUCUGAACCGAGAAGCAAGAGCAUCCUAUACCAGUUCCUGCUCUCUGGGAUGAAGGACGGCACAGCAUCCUCCCUGCAGCAUCUCCCAGUUUGCCCCAUUGAUGCCAACCUGUUGGCAUGGAGGGCCAUCCAAAGGAGACAUGAUUUGGGGCUGGGUUAUGGGUCAGCAUUGCCCUGGUUGGCUUAUCUGCUGGAAAACUAGCUUUCCAUAGAUGGACUCCAGGAAUAAUCCAGUUUGACCCCACUUUAACUGCCAUGGCUCAACGCUAUGGAAGUUGUAGUUCUGUGAGACAUUUAGCCUUCUCUGUCAGAGAGCUCUGGUGCAAUGGCAAACUA